AGUCUGGACAGCGGUUCAAAUGGUGGAUAAACAAAACAUUUUUAAAAACGAAAUUCCACCAUGUAAUAUGUAGGUAUUACAAAAGCUUUAGGUGCUGGCUUUAUUAUAUUCUUCAUAAAGCUGAGUGCAUUCAAAUGUGACCAAUAUGUCAAGUUUGGCAGAGGUUCUGCAGCAGAAGAGGUAUUUAAUUUUUAGCCUUGUGGAUUCUUAAGCCCCGUGAUUAUAGACAACGGAAGUGUGAGGGUGACAGAAGGGAACGUGUGCCAGAGAGAUUAAUUAAUUCUGCUGUCACUACCAGUCAGACAGCCCCUUUUUCCUCCCCUCGUAAACUUUCAUUGCUGUGUUAAGGGUUAAAUUACAUUUGUGAGAAGCAUCUCAGGAGCCAACAAGAAGAACCAAGUCUCCCCCCGCUGAAAUGUGCAGAAGGGAAAUAAGUCAAAGUUGACACAAGCAUAUUUAUAAAGCAGAAAUCCUAGUGUCACUCAGUGCCACAAUGUACCAUCACAAUAGGAGUGCUGUCCCCAUUGGGGGGAGGAUUGCUUUUCCUCUGCUCCAUCUCUGGCUGUGAGGGAAUUUGCUUACACUGUGUUUACCACCGCAAAGAACUCUGCAGCAUCAUCAUCAUCUCAUCUCUUAAAGGAGGAGCGGGACAGAAAGACCUGCUGGGCAGUUACCAUGGGUUUGAACAGUGCUAGAGGAGUAAUGCAGAUCAGGGGAUCGUUGCUAACCGGUUCUUUUACUCUCCUGCUUCAUUGUUUUACUCUACCCUUGCUUGGACUCAUUCAGAUUGCUCAGUCAGAACUCCAGAGAACAUGUUCCAGAUCCACAGCUGAGAGCCUUCCCAGUGGGUGCCAAAAAUCAUGUCCCUGCAGACCCCCACCAUUGCUGCCACCUCCUCCGCCACCACCCCCUCCUCCAAGACUUCACCCACCCACUGUCGGUCCUGUAUGCAUUCAGGAAAAGACCUGGUGGCAUUUCCUGGUAAUUAUUGUUGCUGCAGUUCUUCUCUUUGUAGCUGUCAUCAUGUGCUACAAAGCAAUAAAGAGGAAACCAAUGCGCAAAGAGGAGAAUGGAACUAGCAGGGCAGAAUAUGCAAUGUCUUUGGAAACUGCCUAGAGCCAGGAUCCCAGCUGUGGUCAUAAUCAUCAUUGCAUAACCUCCAAAUUCUGGGAGGCACUGAACGCAUGUGUCCCUUUUUCACUGUUUUGUUUUUGAUGGAUAAGUACUUGCAGAAGUCAGGGAGAGGAGGGCUUCAUUUGGAGUCAUAUGCACCAGUUGCAAUGGGUGAGUGUGAGGUGUGGAGUCACAUUGCUUGUCGAAAAUGUACUUCAGAGCAUCCAUGAGAGAAGAAGGCAUCUUUACUGCAUGUAUCUGGUAGAAAGCCCAGAUACUUCUGUUUCUGAAUGACCACAGAAAGGAUUGUAUGACUGUGAAGUAUGGAGGGAGACUUGCAGUCAUUUGGUCUCCAGUGGAGAAUGUAGACUAUAUCACCUGCAUGUGCAGUGUUUUCCUAUCAUGGACUGAACCAUUGUUUUAUGGACACUUUGGGAUUGUACCAUAAUUCUGAGACACCCCAAAAUGAAUGCAUGCACUUAAUAACCUAACCCAGGACACACAGCUGCGGUAUCACCACUAUGCAAUACCAAUGGCUGAAGAUGGUUCCAAGAAAGCAGUGUAAUGGACAAGACUUCUUGCUGUUUUUAGUUGUCAGUUUGGAUCACAUUGUCCCACCAAACUAUACUUUGGAGACCUUUCUUGGCAGCUGGUUAGGAGAGGUUUCACGGUGCUUUGAAAAGAAAUGUUAUGUUUAGUUUCUUUUUUACGAAUAUGUAUUAUUUCUUUAGCCUAACCAAACAAUGUUUUAUUUUGCUCUUUUCCUUUUUUUUGUUGGGCUAUAUCUGACCUGAAAAACCAACCAAUGUUAUAUUCCUCUCUGAAUGGUAUUUUGUUGAUUUAUCCAUACCAGUGUGCAUUUGAUUUCAGUGAGCAGGAUAAAGGAUGGCAGCUCUGGGUGACAGAUUUAUCACUUAUACAGAUGAUUAGAUGUAUCAGCAAUGGCAGCCUGAGCUGCAAGAUAUUGUCUGGGUUGGCACAAUUGUCAUAAUAAGGGCAACUGUAUAAUCUCUUUUGAAUCCCAAGUACAUAUUCGUUUAAGAUUCUGGCUGCUGCUGCUGCUGAAUGCAUUGGCGAACACUACAGGCAAUUAGUUUAACAGGGUGCAACACUGAAUCUGAAAACCCUGUGUAGUUCGUUUUAGAGAGGUUUCAAUAUAAUUGGCUGAUUAUGUAAGUGCCUGGUGCCAGUGUACCAGGGUAUGCUCUUAGUUGGAUUGGACUUUCAGAAUACCAGAGGUUCUCCCUGUGAGAACCCAGAGGGCCACAGUCUAGGAAAAGUCCCCUUUAAACCUUUUAACUCUAUAUAACCUUUAUAGAAUUUGCAACUGUCCCUGUCUAAUUUGGAGUGGGCCCAGACAAUCACAACUCUUAGAUUGCACCACAGCUAAACUGAGUCUAUGAUUGGCAGCACGUAAAAUGCUUACCAGGCACUUAUAUUUUAGCUCAUCAUCAAAACAAAAUAUAAAUGUAUUUUGAUAAUGACUGUCAUAGUUAUUACACCCUCGGGCUACAGAAUAUGCUGAAAUCUUGUGCAAUGACAGUCACAUGUUUAGCAAUGUUAAAACAUUAAUGAUCUUGAAAACUUUUGGCAUUUUCUGGUAUGCUAGAAUGUCCAGAUAGAUGGUCUAUUGUGGCCAUCUGUUAGCCGAGGAUGCUGGGAUCUGAAUCUGACAAGCUGCUGUAGGUCCAUGUUUCAGUUCUGCGCUGGUAUUAAUCCUGCAUUACAUGCUGACAUGUACGCAUUUUACCUCUUGGGUGAAAAGUUAGAUAACAUUCUGUCAAGUCAGAAACACACUGGUGGACACUGAUUAAAACAAUUUCAUCAAUACUGACAUAGAUGAGGAUGAACAGAGGCUCUGCCAUGUUUUUGAAUGGCUACUCUUAUUACUGUUAUCAGGCUCUGCUCUUCUCGGAAUAUUUUACUCCAACCUACUGAAUGAAGCAAGGGAACAGUUAAGGUUCACUAAUGAAACAUAAUGCCUCAAAAAUAUAAAAAUUAUAUGUAUUUUCCUCAUUUAUUUAUAUCCAGAAGAGCUGGUUGAAAAUAACCUUAAUUCUAAUCCAUAUAUGUAUUUAAACGCAUGCUAUACACAAAGGUACACAUACUGAAAAAUAUAAAAUGCAGUUAUGUUACUUUACAUUUGAGUUAUACCACCCAUUAGCUUCUCUUCUCUUAUUUUGUGUUCUAAUGUGUUAAACCUCACAGCAUCUUGUCAUCAUGUCAUCCAUGUCAUUUCAUGCCACUGUAUUACCAAUAGGAUACAGACAUGAAUAUUAAACAUCCCAUUCUAAAACCAAGGGUAUUAAUAUAAAGUUACUCUUCCCUUUGCUGCUAAAUAGGUAUGGGACCUGUUAUCCAGAAUGCUUGGGAUCUGGGGUUUUCUUUAUAAGGGGUAUUUUGUAAUUUUGGUCUCCAUACCUUAAGUCUACUAAAAAAAUUAAAUAUCAAUUAAGCCAAAUAGAAUUGUUUUG